CUUCACUUAUCGUCAGACCCUCUUCCGCCACCUCCAAACCUCACCCGCUCGUCCACUCGCCGCUCACCACCCACCACUCACCUCUCACCCCCACCUCCCAUCCCUCCCCCGAAGCCCUCAUCCGAACCCUCCAUCAACCACCCUCUCCUAAAGUGGUAGCUGUCCGGUAUAAGUCCCCGCUCUGAGGCUCUGAGCCGAUCCCCCGCCCCAUCAAAGGAGAGCAAAGACCAUCAUCACGCAUCGCACGGGCGCGUACAGCAUGGUUGAAAGAGAGCAUCAUGACUCGUCCUAAGGUGGAUCCUGAGAAGCGGCAACGCACUGCUCAGGCCUGCGAUGCAUGUAAGCGGAGGAAACAGAAGUGUAAUGGCUUGCAACCCUGCAAUACAUGUUCAAAAAGGAACUCGCCUUGCACAUAUGGUACAGCCGAGAGUAAACCUGAUGAACCGCAGCCUUCAAAGCGUCGAAUGACAGAUCAGUAUGGCAGUUCAUUAGCUACCUCCCUGAAUAGGACUACGGAGGCAAAGUCUCAACUGCCACGUUCUCCGUACAUGCCGCAGACGCAGCAGUGGGUGUCUAAGCAGGAGCUCCCAGCACAGACUUCAAACAGACCCACGGAAGCUGGUACUUCGAGCAUUAAGGGCCCUGCUAAGCAAUAUGACGGAGUGUUCGUAGAUCACACUCUAGAGGAGCAAGAAAAUAAGAAGCGGGGUCUAGAUGUCCCAGCACCAGAAAAUCAAUUACUGUCACGAGGGACCAGUACCAGUGGUCAGGACGAAGAAGCAAUUGUUGAGAGCAAUCCUCGAUUACUGGAGGAUCCUACUGGCCGAGUCUUGUACAUCGGUGAUUCUGCUACGUUGUCAUUUCUACAGCUUAUUCGCACCUAUGUGGAGAGCGUUGCGGGAUCCGGGAACCCGUUCAUCAUGGACCCCAGGCGGCUCAAAAUAGUCGAGAACACCAUCACCUUACCUCCUAAUAUACGCCGCACCCACCUUCUACCUGAUAGGCAGACUGCUAAUGUGCUUGUUGAUUCAUUCUUUACUAAUACUAAUGGCCUCAUCGAGGUGUUCCCUCGCAAGGCCUUCUUCGCUAGCCUCGAAAAAUGUUAUACCGACCCGUUGAACGUGGAUCCGUCUUGGCUUUGUCUUCUACAUCUCACGUUUGCCAUUGGACUUGUCAUGGCGGCACCACAGCCUGGCACACCGGAAGACGCAAUAAUACAGAAGUUGCGGAGUGAAGUCUCUAUUGGAAGUGACGGAAAGGUCCAUCCAGUAGACCGAGCUGCGGUAUUCUACCUAGAUGCGAAACACCUCAGUGAUCCAUCUACAGGUUUCGAAGAUGCCGGUUUUUGGAGUAUACAGGCUCUUACGCUUAUAUCAGUCUAUAUGCUCGCGGUGUCGAAAAGAAAUGCAGCUUAUGCAUACUCUGGUAUGGCUUUACGUUCCGCUUUUGCCUUAGGACUUCACAGAGCAGAGACCAUGGUCAUCUUCUCCCGUGCAGAGCAAACUGUCCGGCGGAAUCUGUGGCGGAGUCUGUACGUCCUUGACCGGUUCCUAUCCGCAUCAUUGGGUCGUCCAACAGCCAUACGGGAUAGUGAUUGCUCAGGCGAUCCCCUCAUAAGUGGAGAGAAGCCUCCAUUUCAUCAAGCGACGUUCACUUCUGCAACGGAUUCCACGGAUGGGCUUGGCCUCGAAGCUUCAGUCCGUAGCUGUCGCACAAUUGGCGUUAUUCUCGACAAGGUAUAUUCACAACGGAAGAUCUCCACAAAACUUGCGCAAGGAAUUGCGGAUCACUGCAAGGGCUGGCCCAAAACUCUGGAUCCCAGUCUGCACCCCAGUCAAUCAACGAGAGUAAAUCCUGCUGAUGGUAUUGCAACGUUGCACGUCUAUCUUUUUCAUUGCCAUUCUGUCGUUCUCCUCACCAGACCGUUCUUCCUCUUUGCAAUGAAUAAAAAAGAGCAAGAACGAAGAGAAAUUGGGGCAAAGCAACAAGGAGUCGGUUCAAGGAUGGACAGGUUCGGGGAGGCCUGUGUAUCUGCAAGUUGUCAAAGCAUCACAUUGGUGCAACAAGCUCUCGAAGGUGGAUACUUACCUCGAAGAAAUCCCUUUGUCAUUUAUUUCUUAUUUGCAUCGGCGCUCGUUGUACUCUCGAGCCAAUUCUCCGAUCUCUAUCCUCAUGUCACCCCCGAUAGCUCUGUCAGCAACGCGAUUAACUUAAUGCGAUACUGUGCUGAACACGACCCACAAGCUAGCCGGCUUCACUUUAUACUCACGUCCUUCCGCAAUUUAGUUGUCCAACAGCGAGCUACCGUACCCCAAAACCUAAAUCCAGAUACCGAAUCUCAGAUGCGGUCCCAACCGAUGUCACUCUCAAACGAAAACAACAUUCCAAUGGGGGACGUAUACCUAUCUUCGACGACUCCUGGAGGCACAUCCGCUAUCCCCGCACCAGGACAGCCCCCGAACAGCAGCAUCAGUCCCCACCCUCUCGCUCCAACCGACCUCCCCUCCCCCGCGCAGAGCUCUGAUAAGGCCCGGGAUGCAAAGAUGGACGCCCCGGGCCUCCUCGACCGGCUUGACGGACACAGCUCCUGGGACACGUUCUUCGACCUCGCGCGCAGCGAUGGCAACGAGUCGCUCGGUGGCGACGCAGAGAUCGACUUCGAGAUGCUGUGGCAGUGGCCCAACUCCAACGGCGCGGGCCUCACCACCCCCGGCGGCAACGGCAUGACGACACCUGGAGGCCUCGGCAUGCCCGGCAUUGGGCCGGAUGUGCAAAGUAUCAGCGACAGCGCCGUGCCGAUGUAUGGAUUCCGGACCGAUGUUCUCUAGGCGCUGGAUGCUCUGGGUGUUCCUGGAUUAACAAAAAAGUAAAAUGAAAUAAAACACGGAAGGAAAAAGAGGAGGAAAUGAAUGUACGGGAUAUUGGCGACAGGGCAUGGGAACGGAACGGUAGCUGAUCUAAUCUGAACUGAUCGUCUUCGCGGAGUUUAAAAUGAAGUUGGACAUGCUUUUCUUCCCCACCCUUUUUCAUUUUCUGGGAAAGAGCAGAACAGCAUAUCACGCAUUGUUGGAGAGAUGCCCCUCAUGUAUAUAUAUAUAAGUAUGUAUGUGUGCCGAAAACAACCCGGCCCCAAAAAUAAACCCCCCUGGUAUUUAUUUGGAGGAGUAGCAGGCAGGGUCUGGGACGAGGCACACGAAAGGAUACCCCCCCAAAAGAUAUAAAAAAUACAUAAAAAAUAUUAUGCAC